GCAUUAACAGAUCAUCACCCUCAAGAAAAGUGACCCUUCUGCCAGCAGUGCCUCACUUUGGCAUCGUCCCCGCACCUCGGCUGGGCCGGGAGCUUUGCCUUUGGUCAGUUGGUGUUCCCACACCUUGGCUGAAGCACAAGGGAAUGAGUUGCUUAAGAAAAAAAUCAAUCUUAGGAGCCACCUAAAAACAAGGGAUUGGGGAAGCCGAGUGGAUUUCAGCCUGAGCAGCGUGGCAGAGCGCUCCCACCAGGAGCCCAUGCCAGGAGAUUAGCGCCCUGCUCGCCCGAGCCGUGGCACAAAUGAGUCACCGCGCCUUGUGGCUUUGCCAGUUGGCACCUCCUGCGCCGAGGCCAUUGCCAUGGGGCAGCCCAGCAGCUGCAGAAAGGAGCUGAGCCCCAUUGGCUGCCCUCGGCAGAGCCAAGAGCUCCUCACUGAGUAAUUAAUGUAAUGACAAUAAUAGACCCAAAGUAAACAAGGUGGGAAAAAAAAAAUCAAUGGCCUGGGAGCAGAGGCCGCAUUCAGCCGGGAGCAGCCGUGCCGGCGCCGCGGUCCAGCAGACGGACUUGCGUGCAUCCCGGUGGCUGUGCAGCGCGUGGCUCCAGCGCCAGCAGUGCCCAAGGUAAGCGCUGGGGCUGGACUGCUGUCGGCAGAGCGGUGAUGGGUUGAGGGCUCGGGGCCACGCGGCCGCUGCCGCCCUUCCAGGCGCUCGGGUACCUCGCAGCGCAGCCUGGAUGCGGCUCCACUGCAUCCUUCUGAUGUUAUGGCUUCUCCCUUCCUUGCCUGACCCCAAAGCAGAGCCUUUCUGGUCUGGGGAGAGGGGAGGACAUUUGCUCCUGUGCUACCAUGUUAGGAGAGCUUUGGAGCUGACUAGGGAAGGGUUUUUUGGGAUCAGGCUCUGAUGACAGAAGAGCUUCGAGUUUUUCCCUUUGGGCAACAAGUAGAAAAAGAAAGAAAAGAGGAAUUCCCUUUGUCGCAGCCCCAGCCCGCCUGGGUGGGAGGCUGGAUCAGGACUGACAGACCCUCCUCUGGUUCUCCGCAGCCCUGCCACGACUUGUGCGACCACACAAGGGGUGUGGGGUAUCUCUCGCAGCUCAGAAACACAGGGAAGGGGUUGCAACCAUUGACCAAAAUCAAAUAGCUCUGAACUUCAGCGCAGGUCUGAGCUCGCUCUGCGUUCCCACCUAAUCCUUCCAGCAACAAAGGGACAGGAGGAAACCUGAACCCAGCGCUGUACACGGAAGAGGCAUGAACGCCCCAGGCAGACGAGCUAUGACGGACAACAAAGCCUCAAGGCAGAAGCCGUGCCACCACUGCAAGAGCCGGCCCGCCUCGGCCCCAGCAGGCACCUCCACCAUCCACUACGAGAAGUUCUGGCUGUACCGUCACUGCUCCUCGGUGCAGCAGAGCGACAGGCAAGCUCAGAAAGCCGGGCAGCUCUUCUCGGGGUUGCUGGCCAUGAACGUGGUGUUUCUGGGCUGCGCCUUCAUCAGCAGCAUGAUCUUCAACAAUGUGGCCAUCACGCUGGCAGAUGUCUGGAUCCUGCUCUCCAUCCUCAAGGUCCUGUGCGUGUGCUGGAUCAUCUACUACCUGCUGGGCACCAGGCGGCAGCCGCACGCGGUGCUCUACCAGGAUUCCCACGCUGGAACAGUCUGGGUUCGGGGGUCAGUGCUGCUCUUUGGCAGUUUCAGCAUCCUCCUGAACGUGUUCCACAUCGGCUACAGCGCAGUUCUCAUCCAGUGCAAAUCCAGAGUGGAAAUCGUGUUCCCCAGCAUUGAAAUCCUCUUCAUUUGUGCCCAGGCUUUUUUCCUGUGGCAUCACUCCAAGGACUGCAUCCAAGUCCAGCACAAUUUCACCAGGUGCGGGCUGAUGCUGACCAUCACCACCAACCUCCUCCUCUGGCUUUUAGCCGUGACCAACGACACCAUCCACAUGGAGAUCGAGUCCCAGCUGCGCCAGGUGGAGCAGCGACUGGCAGGUAACGAGACCCCCUCAUGCACAUGCCAGAACACAACCAUCUGUGAAGUCUUCCAGAAGGGCUACAUCCUGCUCUACCCCUUCAACACCGAGUUCUGCCUCAUCUGCUGCUCCAUGCUCUAUGUCAUGUGGAAGAACGUGGGGAGGCGCAUCACCCACCACCACGUACCUCACGUCAAGUCCAAGUUCAAGCUCCAGGGGGUGGUCUUUGGGCCACUGCUGGGCACCAUUGCCAUAAUCAUCGGGAUCUGCGUCUUCAUGAUGUACCAGAUCCAGGCCACCGGCUCAGCCCCCAGCCAUCAGGUCUUUGUGAUGUAUUAUUCCUACUACAUUGUGCUCCUUCCCUUGAUGAGCGUGGGCGCAGUGAUCGGGACAAUCAUUCAUGCCUUGGAAAAAAAGGAGCUGGACACAGUGAAGAACCCAACCCGCAGCCUGGAUGUCGUCCUAUUGACAGGGGCGGCCCUCGGCCAAAUCGGCAUGUCCUAUUUCUCCAUCGUGGCCAUUGUGGCCACCAAACCCAGGGACCUGUUGUACAGUCUCAUUUUGUCCCAUUCUGUCCUCCUCAUCUUUCAGAACAUCACCCAAAACGUCUUUAUCAUCGAUGGGCUCCACCGGCAGCCCUCUGUAGCUGCAACGGAGGCCAGACACAAAGGACACGCUGAGCAGAGCUCCUCUUCAAGCGAGGAGGAAAGCACAAAAAGCAGCAAACAGGAGCACACACAGAUGUCUCCCAGCAAUGAGGAAGAAAUGAAAGAGGAGCAGAAUCACGAAGCCCAUGACCAGAGACGAAUGAGCGUGCUGGAGCUGGGACAGGAGAUCCGGAAGGUUUCUCUGUCCUAUAUCCAUAGCUACUCUCACCUGAACUGGAAGAGAAGAGCAUUAAGAGAGAUCUCAUUCUUCUUGGUUUUGUGCAACAUCAUACUGUGGAUCAUGCCCACCUUCGGGGCUCACCCUGUCUUCGAGAAUGGAUUGGAAAGGAAAUUCUACGGCUACUCCACCUGGUUUACAAUCGUGAACUUCGGCCUCCCCUUGAGCGUGUUCUACCGGAUGCACUCAGUCGGGGGCCUCCUGGAGGUCUAUGUCACAGCCUGAGCCAAGCCCGGGUGAACAACCACGGUGAACAAAGACGCAGGAAGCAGCGGAUGUGCACAUGGAAGCUUUUUCCCUCUGGCUUCUGCUUUCACUUCUCCUUGUACAACAUCUCCGCGAACUUCAGAAGAAAAGGAGACUUUUUCACAUUAUCAUUAUUUCCUCCAUUUCCUCGAAGACUGCAAUCAAACUGUCUCACUCCUCCAAGGAAGCCUGCAUGUUGCACUCCUCAUGAGUCUGCCAGUGGAUGCACACAGGACUUCAGACCCUACUGAAAGCUUCCAGCUACAAGAACGCAAGACCAGCCUUCAACAAAAGCAACAAAGAUCAACCUACACUCCACAGAACCUCAAAAAUCCAGACUCAGGGCCCAUCGCCACUCACCAACCCACCACCCUGUGGCACAGAAGACACCUAUCAGGACCAGCCCCACCAGAACAACACAUGGAAGCACACGCAGCCCCAGCCAUUCCAAAACCAACAGGAGUACCCUUUCCGUGUGCAGUUUGCAAAGUGGUCACUCUGCUGGGAGUGGCUGGAACAGUCAGAACAGAGGCUCUGCUGUUUGCUCCUCAUGCUGACACUGGGCACACCAGCCCGUCUGGGUCCCGUAGGACCCUAGGGGAGCACCAAGCUCUUGCAGCUCUCGUACGAGAGCAGGACAGGCCUUCAGAGUUGCACUGGUUCAGUGCACCUCUUCCCAUUAGCAGAAAGAGAAGCUAUAACGUCACCUUGUCUCAAUGAGAACGAACACUAUCUCCCCUCACAAGCACUCAGGGCCUCGAGUGAGAAGCACAAUUCCCACGGCUGAUCCUCGCUCGAUGGGAUCCCCAGCAUGCGCUAGCACAGGUCCCACCCCAGCGCAGGACCAGUUCCAGAGAGAACGACUGCCCGAUCCACUGGGAAUUCCUCCCUGCCCCAGCACUUCAGCCCUCACUGCUGCUUUGCACACCCACAAACACAAGGCGCCCUGUGCAUGAGGGAACACGGUCACACAGUGUGGUGCCCCAUCAAAGACCCAACAGGACUUAUUCCAUAGGAGACACUUGCUUUGAGAGCGCAUGGGAGAGCAAGGGGGCUUGCGCCUGCGGGUCCCAAACAUGGAGCUUGGGAAUGGGAAUAAUGGGAGAUAGAAUUCUCACGUGUAUCUUAUGAAAUCUCUGGGCCUGCCCUGCACUCAGGGACCUGACUGAGUCAGCUGGCAGUGAUUUACGCUGCUCUGGCGCUCAGAGGUUACAUGAGAUGUAAGGGCAGGCCCGGUCUGACAAUCAAUAAAUCUGCCCUGACUCUCAUCCAGGGCCAAAGCAGCACAGUACGAACACACCCAAGCUAUUGCUUCUGCUCCGCCACAAAUCAAUCCUGGAAGCGGUGUGGGGUUUGUAUCAGAGCCUACUUAUGGGGGUUGUGUCCCCUAGAAAAGCAAACUCUCCCAGGACAGUGAAACAAUGAGAGCUGGAAACUCCUGCCCACACACAUCCCACCCCCUCAGGGCUCAGCAUGCAGGCUGCGCCAGCCCCUUGGCGCAAGGCCGUGAGCGAGGUGAUCGCAUGGGCAUGACCUGUGCCCAAGAAGUGGUUUUACAUGGGCCUGCAGCAACAGAAAUAUGCCCUGAGAAAUAACAGCUGGAUUAAUUAGGCUCCAAUAAAGUUAAUUAUUCCUAUUGUCAGUUUGUCCCAAGGGAUCUAUGGGUGAUACAGGCCAAUGCCUGGCCCUCGCAGAUGAUGAAUGUGAUCUCAAACGUUAUUCCUAGUUAUAGACAGCCCAGAGACAAGCAGUGAUGUCAGCCUGUGACGUAUAGACAGCCCUUCCACUUAGAACCACAGGUCCAGAAGGGGCCUCAAAGCCCAUCCAGUCCCACCCCUGCCACGGGCAGGGACACCUCCCACUGGAUCAGGGGCUCCAAGCCCCAUCCAGCCUUGAGCCUUGAACCCCUCCAGGGAUGGGGCAGCCACCACUGCACUGGGCAACCUGGGCCAGGGCCUCCUCACCCUCACAGGAAAACACUUCCUGCUAAGAUCUCAUCUCAAUCUCCCUUUCUUCUGCUUAAAACCUUUUGCCCUUGUUCUGUCCCUGCACUUAGGAGGGUUCUAUCUGAUUUAUUUCUACGUCCAUGAGGAGUAAAACCAGAAGCAUAAUUUGCAUGCUGUUCAAACCACCUUCGGCUCCUCCGCAAACCUGACAACAAGGCUGAGAAGCAAGCAAGCCAUGACUCCCGAAUCCGACACAGCCAUGUAUGCCAGUGGCCCAUCAGCUCCUUCGUCACCUGCCACCCACAAGCGACUUCCAGAGCUCUUCCAGGGCGAAGGUGCCCGGCUAUGGGUCUAAACCGCACAAAGGUUUAGUGCACGGUUCACAAAGUCAGGAGGCUCAAUCCCGUUUGAUUCAGUUCCUCGUCCGUACCCUUUGAGGCAGUUACUUUUGAUGAUGCCGUACGCUGCAAACAUGGAAAUGGCCAAACCCACACAGUUCAGGCUCAUUUUCCAGAGUCCAAUCUUCACUUCUG